AUGGCGAGUGAGCGCCAUCAACCAGAUGCCUCGAGCAGUAAUACUGAGCUCGAUCAACCCCACGUGGAGAAACUCGUCGAUACCCCAGCCGAAAAGGAAACUGAGAUGGCCGAUCAACCGAACGCAGAGACCAACGCGGAGGCCAACGAGGAGAAUGUGACUGAAAAGACAACGGAGGGGGUGCCUCUGGAUCGCGCACCCUCUCAAGCGGCCAAGAUGGGCAAGAAUAAGAUCAUAGUCGUGAUGACGGCGCUAUGUUUGGCACUAUUUUUGGCAGCGUUAGAUAUGACUAUUAUUUCCACCGCCCUCCCCACUAUCGCCGCCCAGUUUGGCGCCUCCGAGAGCGGUUUUUCAUGGAUCGCAUCGUCGUAUCUCCUGGCAAAUGCCGCCUGCAUCCCCCUGUGGGGCAAGAUCAGUGAUAUCUGGGGAAGAAAGUCUAUCAUUGUCUUGGCAAAUGUUAUUUUCCUGGUCGGCAGUUUGAUCUGCGCUUUGGCGCAUAACAUGGCCACCAUCAUCGCAGGUCGAGCGGUUCAGGGUGUCGGCGGUGGUGGUAUAAUUAUCCUGGCCAAUAUUAGCGUUUCGGAUCUCUUCAGUUUGAGAGAUCGUCCGAUGUACUUUGGUCUUUUCGGUGCAACCUGGGCCAUCGCAGGCGCUCUUGGUCCUGUUAUAGGCGGAGCUUUCACUACAAGUGUGUCUUGGCGCUGGUGUUUCUGGCUUAACCUUCCUGUUGGAGGUGUCUCGCUUGUUAUCCUUGUUCUCUUCCUUCACAUUGAUUCGCCCAAGACUCCAUUCUGGGCUGGUGUGCGCUCCAUUGAUUGGGCAGGAACAUUUUUGAUCAUCGGUGGAACUCUGAUGUUCCUCUUCGGGCUGGAGUUUGGAGGUGUCAACUAUCCCUGGGCUUCACCUACGGUGAUCUGCCUGAUUGUCUUUGGCGUGCUCACUUUGGUUCUUGCAAUGUUCCUAGAAUGGAAGGUUGCUAAGUUUCCGAUCAUCCCCCCGCGACUGUUCAGCGAGUGGUACAACAUCCUCAUCCUACUCAUUUGUUUCUGCCACGGAACCGCCUUCAUCUCUGCUACCUACUAUCUGCCGCUUUACUUCCAAACAGUCCUCCAGUCAACUCCCAUCCUAAGUGGUGUGUAUGCCUUGCCUCUAGUGCUGUCCCUUGCAAUCGGCUCUAUAACUACGGGUAUCGUUAUGAAGAAGACUGGCCGCUACCGCGAGAUGAUUAUCGCUGGCAUGAGCAUGAUGGCUCUCGGGUUUGGUCUUUUCAUCGAUCUCAAACCAUAUGCUUCAUGGUCUCGUAUCAUCAUCUUCCAGUUGAUCGCUGGUUUCGGCAUUGGCCCUAACUUCCAGGCACCUUUGGUCGCUUUCCAAGCCAACGUCCGUCCCGCCGACAUGGCCACUGCAACAGCGACUUUCGGCUUUAUCCGUCAACUUUCCACUUCAAUGUCCGUCGUUCUGGGCACUGUCAUUUACCAGAACGUCUUAAGUCAACAAUCGGCCAAGAUUAUCGCCGCCGUAGGCCCUGAAACCGCUGCGGCCAUUUCUGCUUCCUUUGGCGCUGCCUCCAAGUCCAUUAUUGAGGGCCUUACUCCCUCCCAGCGCGCAAUUGUCCUGGGCGUCUACACACAUUCCCUGAGCCGCAUGUGGAUCUUCUACACCUGCUUCUGUGGCCUUGGCCUUAUUCUUGCUUUGCUCGUCCGCCCUCGUGAACUGACUCGCCACCACACCGUCCGGAAGACGGGCCUUGCUGAGCAAGAGCGUGCCCGUCAGGAGCUUAUCGACUCUCAGCGCAAGGCUGAGUCGAAAACAGAAAUCGAGGCGUAA